AUGUCUCAAGAAAAAUAUAGUAACAGCUGUAUAGCAGGUGGUGGAAACAGCCUUCAGAGGUUGAGACGGCAACAAAGCAAACGCAGCGAAUUAAAAAGUCUGUCUGUCUGUCUAUCUAUCUAUCUAUCUAUCUAUCUAUCGAUCUAUCUAUCUAUCUAUCUCAGUCAGUUCCUAUCUAUCUAUCUAUCUAUCUAUCUAUCUAUCUAUCUAUCUAUCUAUCUGGGUAGUAAUAUUUCGUUUAUUCAGAUAGAUAGAUCUAUCUAUCUAUCUAUCUAUCUAUCUAUCUAUCUAUCUAUCUAUUUAAGUUUUCUAUCAAUCUAUCUAUCUAUCUAUCUAUCUAUCUAUCUAUCUAUCUAUCUAUCUAUCUAUCAUUUGAAGAUUUCUCAGUCCAAUUCAACCGUUCAAUAUCUAUCUAUCUAUCUAUCUAUCUCUCUAUCUAUCUAUUUUUUUUUAAAUUUUCCAUCAGAAUAUAUUGAUCGCAAGUCAUUUGAAUAG